UCCCAGCCUCACGCUGAAUUCCUGGACACCGAGAAGGGGCCACUCUGGCUCUCCUGCAUGGAGGUCACAGCCUCACGCUGAACUCCCAGACACGGAGCGGAAGCCAGCAUGCAGGGUGAAGAGAGCCUUGAGAUCCUGGUGGGGGCAGAGGGCGACAACUUCCCACUGAUGGAGAUUAGCAGUGGUGAGGCUGAGGCCUCUGAGCAGUGGGACUAUGUCCUGGUGGCCGAUCGCCAGACUCAGCAAAGCUUGAAGCAGAAGAAGAGACAGCAGGAAUUUCUGGAGCAGCUCCAGAGAAAGGGCUUCCACUUGAAGAUGGUAGAAGACCGGAAACAGGUGUUCUUUGGGAUUCGAGCAGACAGUAGGAUCUUUGACCUGUACCGAACUCUCCUUGUGGAAUCUGAGGGUCCAACCCCCAAUGAAAAGCUGGCCAGGUAAGAGCCAGUCCUGGCCACUGUAAGGAUCCAAAUUGUGAACUUCAUCCUGAACUGCAAGACAGCAUCUGGUGACACCUUCGACGAUUUGGUGAAAGACAGGGUCUUUGAAGACAGGUUCCCCCUGCACAAGGUCCAGAGGGAGGAAAAGCUGAAGAAGUGGGCCCGGUGGAGAAGCAUGUUCCAUGAGCAACCAAUCAAUGAAAUCAGGAACUAUUUUGGUGAGAAGGUGGCACUCUACUUUGCGUGGCUCGGCUGGUACACUUACAUGCUGGUGCCUGCUGCCCUGGUGGGAGUCAUCGUCUUUCUGAGUGGGUUCGCCCUGUUUGAUGCCAGCCAGAUCAGCAAGGAGAUCUGCGAGGCCAACAGCACUUUCAUGUGCCCCCUUGGUGACCACACUGACGAAAUCCAAAAUCUCUCGAGUACCUGCACCCAUGCCAAGCUCACCCACCUCUUUGACAACGAGGGCACUGUCCUGUUUGCCUUCUUCAUGGCUCUGUGGGCCACAGUGUUCCUAGAGAUGUGGAAGCGGCAGCGAGCUCGAGUGGUCCUGCAUUGGGACUUGUAUGGGUGGGAUGAAGACCAGGAAGAGAUGGCUCUUGAGCUCAUUAACUGCCCUGACUACAAGCUCCAUCCUCACAAACACUCCUACCUGCAAAGCAUGAUCAUCCUGGUCCUGUCUCUGUUCAUGAUCUGCUUCCUUAUUGGUAUGGCCCACGUGCUGGUUGUCUACCGAGUGCUGGCUGCUGCCCUCUUCAGAAGCAUCCAGGUGAAGCAGGUGAACACAGCAGUGGUGGUGACUGGAGCCCUGGUCCACUAUGUGAUUAUUGUCAUCAUGACCAAGGUCAACAGAUUCAUGGCCCGGAAGCUUUGUGACCUUGAGCAGCCCAGGACCUUCUCCGAGCGAGAGAGCAAGUUCACCAUCAAGUUCUUCACCCUGCAGUUCUUCGUGCACUUCUCCUCUCUCAUCUACAUCGCCUUCAUCCUGGGCAGGAUCAAUGGUCACCCUGGAAAGUCCACGCGCUUGGCGGGUCUGUGGAAGCUGGAAGAGUGCCAUCUCAGCGGCUGCAUGAUGGACCUAUUUGUGCAAAUGGCCAUCAUCAUGAGUCUGAAGCAAACACUGAGCAAUUGCAUGGAGUACCUGGGCCCGUGGCUGGCCCACAAGUAUCGUGCCAUUCGGACCAGCAGACACAGCUGUGGGUCACGGGAGCCUGAGCUCCAGGAGUGGCGACACAAUUAUCUCCUGAACGCGGUCACAACCUUCAGCCUGUUUGAUGAGUUCAUGGAAAUGAUGAUCCAGUAUGGCUUCACCACCAUCUUCGUGGCCGCCUUUCCACUUGCACCACUGCUCGCACUCUUCAGCAACCUGGUGGAGAUCCGCCUGGAUGCCAUCAAGAUGGUCCAGCUGCAGCGGCGCCUGGUGCCCCGCAAGGCCAAGGAUAUUGGGACCUGGCUGCAGGUGCUGGAGAUCAUCGGUGUGCUAGCGGUCAUUGCCAAUGGGAUGAUCAUUGCCUUCACUUCUGAAUUCAUCCCCCGAGUGGUCUACAAGUACCACUAUGGCCCGUGUGGAUCACGCUCCAACUCUACAGGACUACUGCCUCACUGGCUACGUCAACCACAGCCUGUCUGUUUUCUAUAUCAAGGACUUCCAGGACCAAGACAAAAAAGGGAGAUGGGGAAAUGUGACCCAUUGCAGGUUUGGAAUAUUCUCACCCCUCCCCUAUGAUUGCCUUCUAAACUCCUGACCCCUGACCUCAGGUUCUUCCCUACCUAAGGUACCGGGACUACCGGAAUGACCGUGACUACAACCUCUCUGAGCAGUUUUGGUUCAUCUUGGCUAUCCGCCUCGCUUUUGUCAUCCUCUUUGAGCAUGUUGCCCUGUGCACCAAGCUCAUUGCUGCAUGGUUCGUGCCUGAUGUUCCCCAGUCAGUGAAGAACAAUGUGCUAGAGAAGAAAAACUUGAUGCUUCGGAAGAAGAUAUGCUCUAGCUCCAGGAGCACAGAUGUGUAGACAACCCUGAACAGGUGGAGAGGAGCCUGGACUACGAGCUCCCACUUCCACAGCCUGUCCCUGACGUCGACCAUGUUGUGGGAGGUGUGAGAGAGCCCAGUGCACCAUCUUGGGAGCUGCAUGCAUAUGUGGGGGUGGCUACUGGAGCACAUGUACAUGUGCGUGGCCACAGCAGUCCCUCCAAUAAACGUGGGUAUAUGUGGGACAUCCCUCGACGCCCUAGGCAGCCUUGGUAUGUGUGCAGGUUGUGGGAGUUCUAUGGAGGUUCUAUGGACACCUGUGAGCAACACAAGUGUCCCUGUGGCACCUGCUCCAUUUCUCUUAGAGAUGAGCUCGGCACCACCCUAAUUUGAAUUCUGGGUGUCGCAGUAUCCACAAAACUAGGGCAUAGGGCUUCUCAUGAAGCUGGAAAACUGGCCUUGAUUCCCUGGGCCUUCCUCUGCUGGCUACUAGAUCCCAAUCUUGCCCUGCUACAGUAUCCUGGCUGGUGGGAGACUUCCAA